GUGUAAUCAGAUUAACAGAGCAAUAAAUACGUCAGCGACGCGGAAAAACGCAAGGACGUGGACGGAGUCUAUCUUGAAUAACAGACAUCAGAUUAAACCAUGAGUAAGGACACGGAGAUCGACAUGAAGGAGGUGGAGCUCAAUGAGCUGGAUCCCGAGAAGCAGCCGAUGACAGAUGGCCAGCCACCAGGAGGAGAGAAAAAUGGCAGUGUCAAGCUGAAGAUUCCCGAUGAUGAGGUGACAUUCACCGGGCUCUCCAAGGAGGAGCUGAUGAGGGUUGCUGGUACUCCUGGAUGGGUGAGGACCCGUUGGGUGCUGCUCAUCCUGUUCUGGCUGGGCUGGGUCGGCAUGCUGGCCGGAGCCAUCGUGAUCAUUGUCCAGGCUCCUCGCUGCAAACCCAUCCCCGAGAUGCAUUGGUGGAACGAGGGACCACUGUACCAGGUCCCCGACCUCGAAGCUUUCUCUGAUGGAUUGAAAGGAGCUGAGGCAAAGUUGGAUGUUAUAAACCAGCUGAAGGUGAAAGGCCUCGUUCUUGGUCCUCUUCACACCGUCCAGAGCGAUAACCCCGCCACCCUGGAACUUACAACCAUCAACCCAAGCCAGGGAAAAGAGACAGAACUGAUCGCCGUGAUGGAAAAGGCUCACAAGAAGGGCAUGUCUAUAGUUCUUGACCUUACUCCAAACUACAAUGGGACAUCUCCAUGGUUUAUUGGUGGCAACACUGGUAAUUUGAUGGAGAAAGUUGUGGCCGCAGCAGAACAUUGGAUGGGUUUGGGUGUUGAUGGCAUCAAGUUCUCAGACUUCACUGAUGCUGCCAACACUCCUCAAUGGACGAUGCUUCAAGCUGUUGUCCAGGGCAACAACACUGAGGGCACCAAGAAGGGGGUCCUGAUGGGCGUAGCUACAGGCGUCUCACCUGCGGAGGUGUCUCGACUCGUCAACACCACUGGUGUAGACCUCGUCUUGUCAGACCUGCUCAGCAGCAAUAAUGGAGGUGUGGAGCGCAUUAAUGCCUUGGACACACUUCACUCCCAGCAGAGAAGUCUGGGCUGGGGUCUCGGUGCUGCCAGAUUGGAACAGCUGUCUAAACUGGCAACGACUCCGUCCCUGAUCCGUCUCUACCAGCUCCUGUUGUUCACCAUGCCCGGAACUCCCAUGUUUACUUACGGGGAUGAAAUCGGCCUUCACACCCAACAGGGUGAAAAAAAUCCUAAAAUGGUUUGGGACAUUGAGAAGGAGCCUGCUGAAGGAGAAGCGGUUGAUACGGCAGCUGAGGUGACGCGGAAGGAACACGUUGCCGUGAUGAAGUGGUUCAGAUCCCUGAGCGACCUGCGAGGCAAAGAGCGAUCUCUCCUCCAUGGCGACUACUACCCUCUCUACUCUUCAGCCUCCUCCCUCUCUUUCCUCCGCCUGUGGGACCAGAGUGAGAGGUUUAUAACAGCUGUCAACUGGGGAGAAGCACCCGAGACACUCAAACUCUCACUGGCACCUACAGAGGGAGUAGAGUUGCCAACGACGGCCGUGGUGAAGCUGACGGCUGGCUUAAACUCCACAAUCGAGUUUACAGAAGACUCCACAGUGGAGUUGGAUAAUUUAACUCUAGGACCUGGACAGGCCGUCCUCCUGCACUUCCCCUACACGGGCUAGAGAUGGCGCCAAACUGUAGGAAUGUUGUCUACAGACUAGGCAUAAAAAAUUUCAGACUCCCAGACUUUAGAAAUAAAUUGGCAUAUUGAGAAGGAACAAACAGGGCCAGACUUUCUCACUUUAUUCAGGCAGAACAUAAACAUAUUUGGUCAUAUUUGCAGAAUGCCAGUGUUUUUUAUUUCUGUGAAUAGAUGCAGAUAUUCACUGAUUAGUUAAACAUUUUGUUCAGCUCUGAUCUUUUAUUGUUAUUUCUUUUAUUGUCCAGAAAGACAUUCCAUUCUUGUUCUGUGGGCUUUUUAUUAUUUUAUUUUUUUUGUUUUUACCAGUAUUUUAGUUUUGUUUUUAAUGACGGUGUUUUUUUUUUUUUACUUUUUACUUUCUACUGGAUGACGCAAAAGAAAAAAAGGCUCAAUUUGAUGCCUUGGUCUGAAGUAUUUUAAGAUUUUGAGAAAACAAAAUUGUUGCAAGUAACUCUAAUCUGUGAUGUGAAGUGAAUAAAACAACAAAGUUCUGUACUGA